AUGAGCGAUGCAAUGCUUGCAUCGCUCGACUCAACCACUCUCCAGAGGCUGCUAGAACAUCUCGCGAGUAUGGCCGCAGCAGAGCGGCCCGGAGGAGAAACACCGUCUGGAACAACGCGAGAAACACCGUCUGGAACAACCGUUUUCUCCAGCGUGCCGCGUCAACGCCACAUCAUGCAUCAUGGGCCACUGCCAGCUAAUGCCGGCCCACUGGCAGCUAAUACCGGCCUACUGGCAGCUAAUACCGGCCUACUGGCAGCUAAUGCCGGCUCACCGGCAGCUAAUACCGGCCUACUGGCAGCUAAUGCCGGCCCACCGGCAGCUAAUGCCGGUCUACUGGCAGCUAAUGCCGGCCCACUGGCAGCUAAUGCCGGCCCACUGGCAGCUAAUGCCGGCCCACUCUCGUCCGUGCAACCCCUGGCAGAGGCGCCGCGGAGCGCAAUGGAGACCGCUACAUUCAAGAGCUCAGCCACGGUUCCCAGCGUCACAGCUGUAACACCCGAUCAAAUCAUAUCUGAUCCAGCCGGCGGCGGCGGCGGUCUGCGGUUCUACUAUUUCUCCUUCCCCAACGGCGUGUGCGGCUUCUUUCAAGCCGACGAACCAGCCAGUUUGGGAUCAACUCAUGCGGAGGGCCAGCCUAAGCCUAGUACCACCACCAUUUGCCCACAGCCGGAGCCUCGGACCCUUGUUGAGGCUCAGCCCGAGCCUAGUACCUCCAUCUGCCCAAACCUGGGGUCCGGAAUCGUCAGUUCUUGUCCAGAAAGCCAUGCCGCGUCGGCGGAUGCGAGAUCAUCUGAUGAUGGGUCCUCAUGGCUAGCGGCGCGUGGCGGCCUGUCCGACUCGCAAACUGCAGCGUGGGUUGGCGUGGGGGGUCAGGGAGAGAUGCGUGUGGGGAAUGAGGGAGGGGUGCGCAUUGCAGAGGGGCAUGGUGGACAGAUCCAGAUCAUCGGGGUGGAGUCAUCAUCGUUUAACCGUCACUGUGAAACAGCUGCCAUUGCAAUGGAUAUGGCACCUGGAGGGAGCGCCGGCUGUAGUGAUGACAAUGUGGCUUUCGAACCGACCUCUCAAAGGCUUGAGAAUGAUGGUGCUGUGAACGCUGUUGUGACGCCGAUGCCGACUCACCAAGUACCUGUUUCCUCCAUCAGCCCCACCGCUGUUGACCUCGUGGACUUGUACUUGCACGGUGCAAGCAUGGCAACUGAUACCUGCCCCCACAGCAGCAGACUUAACGCAGGUGAACCGGGUGAACCGGACCGGGAACCUGCUGGAGUGAACGGUCUUUGCCAUGCCGACAUGGCCGCUACUUCUGUGGGGCUGCAGAGCAUCACCUCGGAGUCGCAGAAUGUGAGCGAAGGCCUUCUUAACUCUUGGGAAGUUCAGCAACUGCUUGCUGCUGCUGCCGCUUCUGCUGCUGCUGCUGCUGCUGCUCCUGCUGGGACGAACGAGCCCCAUCAUUUUACAACAACAGACUCUUCCCACUCUCCUGGCUCCCCGCACGCUCCCCACCGUCCACACUACCUAGUACAUGCUUCAGGAUUUCCAGACAUAGACUCUCCAAACGCCAGAGGUGCUCUUUCAGCAGCUGAUGCUGCUGCUCCUUCUGCAGCUGAUGCUGCUGCCGGCGCUGCUGCAGAUCGCACCACUGUUGCUACUGAGUGCGCAAAAGCAGAAAGCAUGUUCGUGGGUGGGUGCGACGACUACACGUCCCUACUCCUCAUGGACCCUCUCACCCUCAUCGACUCGCUGCCGUAUCCCUUCACCACCUUUGAAGCCCUGGCUCCGGGCGCAAACAUGCUGACCGGAAAUUCCCCGAGAGGGAACAUGCCGACAGAGAUCUUCUCAACGGCUGCGCAAGCAGCAGCUUGCAUCAAAUUGGCGUCACUGGGAGGGCGGAAUGGAGAUGCUGAGGUGGGAGGGGGGCUGCCGCAGGCGAGCCAGGACUUGAUGGCACAGGAGGAGCUCUUGCAGACGCUGCUGCUAGAGGAGGCACCAGAGACGGGUGGAAAUAGGAUGCUGAGUGUUACGUGCAGUGCGGGGAUGCCUGCAGAUCAACCUGUGGCACCAGAGGAAAGCAAGCAGGAGAAAGGCAAGCAACAGAAGAAGAGGAAGAAGACACAGAAGAAGGCUGAGCAGGUGUCACCAAUAGAGGGUAGGCAGCUGGAUGCUGCUGCUGUGAAGGCAGCUCCCCAAGCCAAGAAAGCAAGGAAGCAGAACGCAUCACGAGGCCCUGAGUUCUCUGGCCAGGGCAAUAGUCAGGCUGAGCCUUCCAGUGCUGCAAGUGCUGCUCCUGAACCAGCGCCAGCUCGCUUAGACUCGGCUGGUGAUGCCAGUGCAGGGGUGAAUAGCCUCUCAACCCCCCCUCCUGCACAUGCUGCUGCCAAUCCGAAAGGACCCCGACCUGAGACGAUCAAGAGACGAGCAGAAGAGAUAUCCCGUGAAGAAAUGAGGUACAUUGGAGUUCGAAAGAGGGGAUUGGGCAAUCGGUGGGUGGUGGAGAGAAAGGACAACAUCCAUGGCGUGAGGAGGUGGCUUGGGACGUUCGCCACACCUGAAGAGGCAGCUCGGGAGUAUGAUAAGGCAGCACGGGAAAUAAGAGGUGAAACCACCCGCCGCACCAACUUCCCCUUUCACAAGUAA